AUGGGGAUAGUCGAUGGUCGACGUCGCCUGCUUGAUUUGCGCCAUAAGAGAGCAGAAUCAACCAUCUCACUUGCAAACACCCAGCCUUCGAGCAUAUCCGAUCAAAACUCAACGCCAGGAUCCACAAGCUGGUUUCGGGUUCCCAAAAAGGGAAUCAAUCUGACAUCUGUCAAUGAAGAGAUAGAGGAGCUUCUAAAGACACAAAAUCACAUCACUACUCAGCUCCACGAGGCCCAGCGCCUUCGUCAGCUCAAAAAGCCCGUGUUAGAUCCGACUGAGAUGACUUGGAUUGACGGCACAAUCUCAGAUAUUGAGGAAGCCACUCGUGAUGUUGCCAUCUUUCUAGAGCCGGCGCGUGUCGAGAAAGCGACCAGUAAUGGGAAACUCAGUCUGGGGACGCAGAUCCGCUGGGCGUAUCGGGACGGCCAGCGAGCCCGGGAUAAAAAGCAUCGCCUCCUAGCAUGCCAUUCUAGUUUGAUGGCGGUUUUGGCCCAUCUACAGCGAGUGACUCUCCCAGAGGCGACUACCAUACAUGAGCUGGGAGCGGAAAUGUCGACAAAGGGUGCGAUCGCUAGCUCUCUAAGCCUCCAGAGCUCUGUCGACGGUUUCUAUCAGUCCAGGGAAGGCAAGCAGGACACUGUAUCCUCAGUGUCUCUGAAUAGAGAGAUGUCCGAUCUACUGGCAUGGCGUCGAUCCAAGGGGACUAACACUUCAUGA